AUGAUGCAGCUUGUCGCAAUGCUACGGCUUUUCCAAGGAAAUGUCGUGACCUACAGUGCCGCACUCGCGGCUUGUGCAGAUGCCGCACAGUGGCCUGCGGCGUGUCAGCUCUUCUGGAACAUGGUCAACGCAUCCGUGGAAGCAAACACCGUGACCUUCGGUGCUGCCACGAGUGCCUUCGCAGCUGCGGACUGGAGGCUGGCCAUGUCCAUGCUCAGCAUGAUGGUCCAGGAGGCCGUGCGCAUCAACACGGUCGUUCUGCUUGCCGCUCUUGAGGCCUGCGCUUCAGCCGGUCAGUCGGAGUCGAUCCUGGCACUCUCCACAGAGAUGUCGGAUGCAGGGGUGCCCAUCGAUGCAGAGACCUGCAGCGCCAUGGUUGCAGCCUGCGAUUUCCGGCGGCCGCGGCGUGCGGCCAUGCUGCUGGCAACCGCUUCCGAGGACGGUCUACGACAGCUCCGGAAAGCUGUUUCAUGA